UACAAGCAACUUAUUUGUUUUCAAAACGAAAUUGUCAAAUCUACAUAUAUACAUACACACAUACAUAUGUAUAUUUCAUAACUGAUGUGCUUAAUUUCUAUUUUUCAAUUUUCCGAAAAUUGAAAAUUUACUCAACACAUUUGUUUAUUUAAUGUUAUAAAAAUAAACUGAGAAAAUAUUAACAAAUUAAACGAAUAUGUCUAUUGAAUUGAAUUCAGAUGAAGAUAAAUAUGCGAACGAAUCCUUUGAGAACGACACGGACGAGAUUCCUGAAAUUUCAGAAACGGAAAGUGAAAGUGAGGACGAAGCGGCAGUAGUAACAACCCAAAAUAACCUGUAUACCUAUGCGCAAAAUGGAUUCAGCGGACGCAAAAACUCCUUUCAAAAAAAUAACUAUUUGCCCUUUGAUAGUUCCUCAGAAGAUGAUCAGGAUGUUGUUGUUAGUGAAACUAUUGCCGAAAUCAAUACAGAACCCAUGUGCAUGGAUGACGCCAUGGAAACCCAUAGAACACCAGUGGAUUCACGCAGGGGCAGCUCGGCACGAAUGAAGGGAGGCAUGAGAAUGCCUGUUGAAUCACUAGCUAUUCUAGAAAUACCAAAUUUUCCGUCCUACGCUAGCGAUGAUUGCGUUGUGGACGAAAUCUCGGACAAUGGCGAUGCGAAAUCAAGGUUGACAGCGGAUGAAAAUGAAGGUGAAUUGCUGGAGAAAUUUAACCAUUUGAGUUGUGCUCAAAAUGAGGUGUCAAAUGCAGGCGUAAUAGAAGGUGAUGAUGUUUUGGUGGUGAACAAAUUGUUACAAGCGGAUAUGUCAAUUGAACCACUGAAAGAGCCAUUAAAAGCGCAAACCAUCGAAUUAAACAUACCGUCGAUUGAAAAAUGCCACACAAAUUCGGAAAACAUUUCCGACACCGAAAACGAUGAUGAAUACGCGCCAAAGGAGACGGAUAAGGAGUUUGUUGAAUAUGAACCAAGUAUUGAAGUGCAUAUUACUAGUGAAACGCCGACUAGUUUCAAUUCAGAUGAUUAUGCAUUCCAUUUGAACUUUUUGAAGGCGAAUGGUUCGAAUGAGAAAUUGAAAAUGCGGGCUUAUCAACGAAAAAGUUGGAGCUUCUCCAAUGAUCGAAUGCGCGAAAUCGAGCGUCACAAUCACAUUUUGCUCCGGAAAAUACUCUCACAGAAGCCAACCUAUCAGUCGAUAGCGCCGAAACCAAAAAAAUUCGCUACAUUACCUACGACCUCACGAAUCACCAGCGCUGCCAUCAACCGUAAAAAGAAGCAACGACAGAUUGAUCUCGAUAAUCAAGGGCUUAAACGACGCAUCGAGGCGAUAUCACUGCGGCGUCCAGCCGUUCAAAAUUUAAGUUAAUAAUAAAUGU